AUGUAUCCUCACCUUCCAAAGUUAACAUUAUCUUUGCUGGCAAUCUACGCGGUCGGCUCUCAUGCCGACCCGGGACCUCUUGUUUCAGCAGCAGGCGAAGGAGCAGUUAUUCCAGGAUGGAACUUACAGUCAGCAACGUUGAUAGAAGAUGACAUGUCAAAGUUAUCUCAGCCCGAUGCUAAUAUCACUUCAUGGCACCGAGUCGGCCCUCGUGACACUGUGAUGGGCGGUCUCCUUCAUAAUGGCGUGUACGAUGACAAGGCCCUCUUCUACUCAAAUAACAUGGAAAAGCUCGCAGAUCAAUCCAUAUUUCAAGCCCCAUGGAUCUACAGAGAAGAAUUUAUCAUGAACCCUUCUGAUGGACAAUACUUCACAUUGAAAACUCACGGCAUCACUUCCAAAGCAGACAUUUACCUGAACGGUGUGCAGAUUGCAUCGAAUGAACAGCAGCAAGGUUCAUAUGGUGGCCACAAGUACGAUUUAACUGGAAUCAUCAAAUCUGGAUCGAACUGUCUUGUGAUCAAGGCAUACCCGACAAAUUAUUUGCGAGACUUUGCGAUGGGCUUCGUGGAUUGGAAUCCAUACCCACCUGAUAAUGGGACUGGUGUCUGGCGAAAUGUGGAAAUCUUUCAGACGGGCCCUGUAUCGAUGUCACCCUUUCGAGUUAUCACGGAUUUUACUGAUCCUACGGUGAACGUGAAUGUCAACGUUACUUUGAAGACUGAGCUUGUCAAUCACACCCCUCGAACAGUUCAUGUAGAGGUGAACGGUACGAUCACAGGACCAAUCCAGGCGGACUCCAGCGUCAUAGCUGGUAUAUUUGAGCUCAACCCAAGUGAGAAGCGAACCAUAUCAAUCGAGGCUUCUAUUCGAAAUCCACAGAUAUGGUGGCCUGCAGGGUGGGGCGAGCAGCCGAUGUACACCGUUCAUGCCAGUGCGAUGAGCCGAGAAACCCAGGAAGACCAACUUAUUCUGUCCGACUCAUCAAUCCAGGAUUUUGGAAUUCGUCAUGUCUCGUCUUAUUUGAAUGAGCAUAAUGAUACCGCAUUUGUUGUGAAUGGCAACCCGUUUCAAGUCCUCGGUGCGGGUUAUAGUCCGGAUAUGUUUAUGCGAUUCGACAAGGAAAGAAUUCUCAAUAUCUUUGGAUACAUUCUAGAUCUGGGGCUCAAUACAGUUCGACUGGAAGGAAAACAGGAGCAUCCGGAGUUAUACAAGCUUGCAGAUUAUAUGGGAUUGAUGAUCUUGACUGGUUGGGAAUGCUGCGAUAAAUGGGAAGCUUGGGAGUACAAUCAUGACGCUGAUGGAGUGAAAUGGGGAGAGAAAGACUACGAAAUUGCUCGAGCAGCAAUGCUUCAUGAAGCUGAAAUGAUGCAGGCACAUCCCUCCCUCCUUGGCUUCUUAAUUGGGUCGGAUUAUUGGCCAAACGACCAAGCGACCGAAGUUUUUCUCGAUGCAUUGCAGGAGAUGGACUGGACAAACCCAGUAAUCGCAUCCGCAAGUAAACGUGGAUAUCCUGAAGCCCUAGGACCAUCGGGAAUGAAGAUGAAUGGACCUUACGACUGGGUCCCACCAAACUACUGGUACGGCGAUGAAGAAGGUGCAGCUUUUGGAUUUGGCUCUGAACUGGGCGCAGGAGUUGGGACACCUGAAUUGAGCAGCUUGAAAAAGUUCAUGUCAGGUGAUGAUCUAGUAAUUCUCUUGCAAGAACCUGACGCGGGCCUUUACCAUAUGUCCAACAAUGGUUCGUCGUUCUAUACUCGCUCAAUCUACAACAAAGGGUUAUUUAGUCGAUACGGAACGCCUGGAAGCCUCGAUGAUUACAUUGAUAAAUGCCAAAUGGCUGAUUAUGAAACCACUCGUGCUCAAUUUGAGGCUUAUUCUGCUCGUCAGAAUGCUUCCAGACCUGCGACGGGUGCUAUUUACUGGAUGUUGAAUAGCGCAUGGCCAAACCUACAUUGGCAACUAUUUGACUACUACUUGAAUACCAUGGGAUCAUACUUUGGCACUAGGACUGGAACUCGAAUGGAGCAUGUUGCGUAUGACUACGAGUCUCAGAGCAUCUGGCUGAUCAACCACUCACUCCAAAAUGAAGGUGAGAGAGAAAUCUCAGUUGAUCUAAUUCAUGGGAAUGGAAAGAAGAUCUCCAGCGCGAAAUUUAAAACAAAGACCACGCCGAAUUCAUCUAGGGAAGUGCAUAGUGUGACAGGUAUUGAAAAGAUCAAGGAUGUUGGAUUCCUUCGUCUUACUCUGCGCGAUGUCAAAGCAAAGGAAGAUCUCAGUCGCAAUGUCUACUGGUUAUCCCCAAAGCCAGAUGUCUUGGAUUGGUCAGAGUCCAAUUGGUAUUAUACUCCAGUCACAGACUAUGCGGACUACACAAGUCUCGAUGACCUCCCUCAGGUUAAUGUCAAGGGAGAAUUAAAGAAACCCUGGCCUAACACACCGAUUGAUGGUUGGUACUUACUUGAAGUCCAGUUGGAGAACGAAUCUAAGGAACCAGCAUUCUUCAUACACUUAAAGAUUAUCCACAGUGAUGAUAACUCCGAGAUUAUACCUGCAUACUGGUCUGAUAAUUAUGUUACUCUUUGGCCAAAAGAAAAGUUGCUGCUUACAGUCGCAUAUGAAGGUGAGGUCAUGCAUGAUAUCCAUGUCGAAGUCUCCGGGCGCAAUAUCAAAUCUCUAGUAUUGGAGAACCUUGCAUUAGAAGUUUUCUGGCACGUAUGGCGGGGAGUUAAGAAACUUUUCUCAUCAUGA